UUGUCUAUUAACUUGUUCAAAAAAGUAUCAGGAGUUGUCAAGGCAGAGAGAGAGAGUGUGUGUGUUUGCAAAAGGGGGUAAAGUAGUUUGCUGGCUCUUUAAGACCGAGGUGGAGAGAGAGAGAGAGAGGGAGAGAGAGAGAGAGAGAGAGAGAGCGGCAGGCAGAGAAAAGGGAAAAAGGAGGAAGAAGUUUUUUAAAAUCAAGACUCCGGCGGUAAUAAUAGCAGUUAUUAGCAUUAUUAAUCCAUCAGCGAAGAAGAAGAUCCUGAUCUUGAUCCAAGUGUGGUUUUGGGGAGUCCCCCUCCCCCCUUUCCUACCCCUCCCUAGGAAGAAAAAAAAAAAAAGUCCGGCUUGGGACUCCGCUGCGGCUGCUCCUCGUUUCUCUGCUCAAGGCUGGUUCCAGCAAAAGUAGUUUGAAUGUACAACAUGAUGGAAACCGAGCUGAAACCUCCCGCCCCCCAGCAAACUUCGGGGGGAGGCACAGGCAACUCCAACUCGGCCGCCAACAACCAGAAGAACAGCCCGGACCGGGUCAAGCGCCCGAUGAACGCGUUCAUGGUGUGGUCCCGCGGGCAGCGGCGGAAAAUGGCCCAGGAGAACCCGAAGAUGCACAACUCCGAGAUCAGCAAGCGGCUCGGGGCGGAGUGGAAACUUUUAUCCGAGGCGGAAAAGAGACCCUUCAUUGAUGAAGCCAAGCGGCUCAGAGCUCUGCACAUGAAGGAGCACCCGGAUUAUAAAUACCGACCCCGGAGGAAAACCAAGACCCUCAUGAAGAAGGAUAAGUACACGUUGCCGGGGGGCUUACUGGCACCGGGCACCAAUACCAUGACGACUGGGGUAGGGGUUGGGGCCACCUUGGGAGCUGGGGUGAACCAGAGGAUGGACAGUUACGCGCACAUGAACGGCUGGACCAACGGAGGCUAUGGGAUGAUGCAAGAGCAGCUCGGCUACCCGCAGCACCCGGGCUUGAACGCGCACAACGCGGCGCAGAUGCAGCCCAUGCACCGCUACGACGUGAGCGCCCUGCAGUACAACUCCAUGACCAGCUCGCAGACUUACAUGAACGGAUCGCCUACCUACAGCAUGUCCUACUCCCAGCAAGGGACCCCGGGCAUGGCCCUGGGCUCCAUGGGCUCGGUGGUCAAGACGGAAUCCAGCUCCAGUCCCCCCGUAGUCACUUCCUCGUCUCAUUCAAGGGCUCCUUGCCAAGCUGGGGACCUUCGGGACAUGAUCAGCAUGUAUCUACCAGGUGCUGAAGUACCAGAACCAGCUGCCCCAAGCAGACUUCAUAUGUCCCAACACUACCAGAGUGCACCUGUUCCUGGCACAGCCAUUAAUGGCACACUCCCUCUAUCACAUAUGUAAGA